AUAGCAUCGGCCACAUUCAACUGACAGAGGGGGGGGGGUGUGACGGUGUGCAAAAACCUGAGACCUGGACACAAGAUGCCUCUCCUUUCUAACCUGACGGCCGUUGUGUUGCUGCUGAUUGUCCACUGCGGAUCGUGGGCCGGGGGAAGCCGCUGGGGCCCCUUCAAGGUCUGUCCCUCCUGCAGGGACCCGCUGGGGGCAGGCCGGCCCCCGAGGGACCACAACGUUGCCGGCAGCACCACGGCCUUGGCCCAGGGGGAGCCGUGCGGCGUGUACACCCUGAGCUGUGCCAAGGGCCUCCGCUGUGUCCCCCCGCCCCGGGAGCACAGCCCCCUGCAGGCUCUGUUGCAGGGACGAGGCGUUUGCGCCAAGCACAUCAGAACCAGUCCCACCGAGAGGCCCCACCCCACAGGUCCACAUCCCUCACACAUCGGUGACCUUGAAAAAGCGCCCUGUCGCAAGCUGCUCAACAGCGUCCUGAGGGGCCUGGAGCUGACCGUCUUCCAGUCCGACCGCGACAUCUACAUCCCCAACUGUGACACCCGGGGCUUCUACAGGAAAAAGCAGUGCCGCUCCUCCAAGGGCAUGCAGCGCGGCCACUGCUGGUGCGUGGAUGAGCUGGGCACGCCCGUGCCUUCACGUGCCAGAGAGGACGACGCUUUACCCUGCGACGGCGAGUGAGGGAUGAGUCUGCCCUUCUGCUCUGAGCCUGGAGAAGGAGGAGGAGGAUGAGGAGGAGGAGGAUGAGGAGGAGCUGGAGCACAGGGAGGAGAGGGCGGGUGGCUUUAGCAUGUGCUAGACACUGCCUGGACAGGAGGUAACAGGGAUAAACCACUCCCUAUGGGGGAAACACAAACACAUUCAUGUCCUCUCUCCCUCUCUCGCAGCGAGACACUCACUUUUACGGUCCAGCAUCAGCACCAGUAACAUCUGCCUGAAUGUCAAACAGCUGCAGCAGCGUCCUCUGCCUCGCUCCGGUGACACGCUGCAUGCUCAUAUUAAACGCUCCGUGAACUGCCUCAGCGACCCAAGCCGCCCGCGUUGCUCUGAUUUAAAAAAAAAAAAA